AACUGCUGAGCCACCCGGCAGUCUUUUGACAAGAUGCAUCUGAUGAACAACAGAAAUCAGACUUGAUAGGUUGUGGUUGGUGCCGGCAUUCUCCUUUCUGUCCCAUCCGCAUGCAGCGACCAACAAAAUGUUCUACGGAGUACUACUUUGUUAGCUGAUCACUCUGUAUUUUGAUAGAUCACGGUCCAGAGAAGGGGCAACAGAAGAACAAAAAGAAGAAAGCCCGUACCCCGCGACGCUGUACAAAUUUGGGCCGUGUCUCCCAGCUUGGCUCAUUCUGCAGCCUGCACACUCAGAACCGCAAGCAGCAUUCCCUUCCCCUCUGCCUCCACCCCAUCUCCGUCUCCCCUCCGGAUGGCGCCGCAGCAGAAGGUGGUCGUGAAGGUCUCUUCUAUGAGCGACGAGAAGGUGAAGCAGAAAGCCAUGGAAACGGUUGCAGACAUCUAUGCAGGCAUCGAUUCCAUAGCCGCGGACCACAAGGAUCAGAAGAUGACGGUGAUAGGUGAUAUGGACAGCGUCGUGAUCGCGAAGAAGCUGCGGAAGUUUGGGAGGAUCGAUAUCCUAUCCGUUGGGCCGGCGAAAGAAGAGAAGAAGGAUGAUAAGAAAGGGGAGAAGAAGUGAUCAAACUUGGUAUCUCUGUUCAUGUUCUCUCCCAUGGAUAUCUCUUGUUAGUUUUUGCUCUGUAGCCUAUGUUCAGUUAUAUGGGUAUUCAGGAUUUAAUCAGAGGUGAAAUGUUACCUGCAUAACUGCUCACCUUUUCCCUAUGACUACUCGCUUGGCAAGACGUUCAAAUCCUUAC